AUGACACAGUCCCCAACCCAGGACUCGGCCAUCCUCUACCACAAUGCAGAAAACACAAUCUUUCUCAUCGACACGCCCCAUUCCAUAGCCCUCGCGCAGGAAUCAGCAUCGCGCAAACGGGACGCAAGUCGUCCCCAACCAAAUGUUUCUUCCACGCUCUCAAAGGGAAAAUCCAAAAAUAGAAGAAGAUUGCUGUUGUCUGCGCCACCAGUAGAAACCCCCUUCCCAUCAACGGAACCAAAAUCCCAUGCUGCGCGUGCAAAAGUGCUCGAGAGGAUUCCAGCGAGUGAGCUGCGCUUUCAUGGGGAAUUUAUAAAGCCGCUUGUUGAAUCUGCUUUGGAAGUUUUAAGAAGUGGAUAUCGGUCUCGUGGUGAUGGGCGGUGGUGUCUUCCCAGACGGGUUUGUGAUGAUGAAUCGCGGCGGCAAGUGGAAGUAUCGAAGCGGGAUGUUGGGAGGAAGGGUAAUUCUGUGAGGAAGAGGCGGAAUGAGCAUAUCACUGCGGAUGAGCCUGACUUCCAGGAUAUCAAGGGCCAAGAGUCUUUGCUGGCUAUGCCAAUGCCACCUGUGAUUCUAUCUUCUACGGGGGUUACUUCUUUCGAAUCACUCUCCGAUUUGGAGGGGAGUAUUGUGAAGAAUGUUUCUUCGGAGAGUGCCAUUCUUGCAAUACGUCCCCGUCCCUUUUCCUGUUCCUCGCCUGGCGAUGAUAUUCAUAUAUACACCGAAUAUAUCAUCCCUCCACAAGCAAAUUUCAUCCUCUGCACUCUGCCCCUCUCACAACCAGAACCCACCCCGUUCAACUCCACCCCAGAAACUGAAAUCACCACACUCAAAAAUCCAAUCCCCGCACUCCCACCCACCCAAAAAUUCAACCUUCUCCUCUUCGAUCCCCCCUGGCCAAACCGCUCUGUUAAACGGAGUGGUCACUACCAGGUGCAUCAUUACUCGGAGAUGGACCUUUUGACACAGAAAUUACGCGAUAUACUGCAUGUGCAUUCUUUUCACAUCACCCCUCCCCGUGAAUCUAAGAAAUAUUCCGCUGGAGUAUCCAGAUCUGGAUCUGGUUUCCCAGAGACUUGUGGUGCAAGUCGUGCAUCGUUGGCAGCUAUGUGGAUAACAAACGCCGAAAAAGCUCGCCGCGCUGCUUAUGAGUCCCUAAGCAGUACCGGUUUCCGGGUCAUUGAGGAGUGGAUUUGGGUUAAGACUACGAUUGAUGGGAGGGCUAUUAGUGCGGUCAAUGGGCUUUGGAGGAAGCCGUAUGAGAUUUUGGUUAUUGGGCGGGCUGACCAGGAUGGAAGGACUGUAGACUCGGCCGCUAUGGCUAUGGCUAUGGAUAUGGAUAUGAAGGAUUUGUUGGGUAUUGAUCCGGCUGGUGUAAAGAGACGAGUCAUUGCUGCAGUGCCGGAUUUGCACUCGCGGAAACCGAAUUUGAAGGAGGUUUUUGAGCGGGUUUUCUUCACAGGUGAGAAUCCCGAGUCUGAUGGAGUGAAUGCUGGGAUACAGUCGUACUCUGCGCUUGAAGUGUUUGCGAGGAAUUUGACUGCUGGUUGGUGGGCUUGUGGGAAUGAAGUUCUCAAGUUUAAUGCGCGGGAGUGUUGGGUUGAUGAUUGCGAUACAUAA